AUGAGAUCAGCCCUAUACGUAUACACACGAAGAGCAUUCUCGUCGACUCCGUGUCGCUGGAGGCAGUUCACCAGCCUACAGAGCCUACAGGACUGUAUUACCACUGAUAUCACCAGUGGUUCCCUUGACGAGCGCAAGUUGCUCGAUGACUUCAAGGAUAUCUUCGCAUACGCAGAGAAGUCGUCGUUCACAGAGCUCAGUGAUCUGCAGAGACUAUCACGGAACCUGCUGGAAUCGCAAAGAUCCCUUGAGCAAGCCACCGUGAAGAAUAUCAUGCUGUUACACCCACCGUCUACUCUAAUCGCACCACUGUUAGAAUCGUUCAGUGCCAUCUCACCUGGCCCAAUACCGAAGUCAAUUGCCGAUAUUGCUGUUCGCCGUUGUCUAUGGGAAGCCGACAUCCAAAACGCCGUCAAAGUUGUCGACCUGACCACUGCCUCCCCACGUUAUCUGAAGGCAAUGACCCAGAAACGUAACAGUACUGUUCUGAGCGCAUUCACAGGGGUAAUAGGUGUGGGUGGAUUGAUGCACUAUGGGAUAAGCUUGCUGGAACUGCCAUCAACAGCUGGUAUAUUUGCAAUGGUUGCCACAUACGCUCUGAACAUUGGGUUCUUUGGCUACGCUGCCUUUGGUGGUAAGUUUGUCGGGUCAGUUAAAAACAUCCAGUGGAAGAACGGUGUACCAAUGUCGCACAGAUAUGUACACGCUGAUGAGCUGACACUGCUUUCCAAGAUUGCAGAGGCUGAUAUGAAGAUUAAUGGCCACGAAGGCUAUGUGAGUCCAGGCUUCAAGACUGAGAUGGAUAAGAGAGGCAUCGAGAUAAUCUUACCAGAAACGGAACUAAUGUUGGAAGAGUAUUGGUUGACAGGUGGAGAGAACUUCGAAUGGGUUGAACCAGAUCAAGACCCUGCUGAUAUAAUUUGGAGACAGAACGUGGCAACAAAGAAGCCAAACUUAUUGAAAGACGACAUCAAAUGGACUGACAAGUUUAUCCAAGGUGGUGCUGAUCAGCAAACACCGAAUGAUCAACAAGGCACUGCGCCAUCAAAGGCAUACUGA